CACACCUCGACCACUGGCUGGCUCCCACCAACACUUCGUUUCUGCUUAGUCGUUUCUGAACUUGUUGUUGAUCAACAAGGAUUACGCUCUCUUUUAGCCAAACUCGUUCUGGAUAACGAUCUGGUCAUCCUGGAGAUACCAGCAGCAAACAAGAUGGGCGACUCAUCAACACCCUUUGAUUCACCACCUUUUGGUUCACCCACCUUCGCUAACUUCGACUUCGACGCUCCCGUUGCAGAUGCACCUGCAGAUGCACCUUUAAGGCAAUCUGAGAUUGAACAGGGGUUUGCCGAGUUUGAUAGUAUUGUGAACAAUUUCCAGACUGAGGCGAUUGGCAACGACGCGCCUUGGGACAUGUUCGACGAGAUCCCGAACGACACUCUAUACGCUCUGCCGUCUGAUGUCAACAAUGGCCCGUUGAACACUUCCGCUGAUUUCGAUACCGUCGAUUUCGGUACCGAGUCACCUGCUACUGACGUUCAGCGUUUUGAUACCCAGCUCGAUAUGCAGCCAUCUGCUAGUGGCUCGCAGCAAGUCGGACAAGCAUACCAACCCACGUACAUGAGUAACAUGUUGCCCCAGGGUUACUUCCCGCACCCGCUAAUGCAGGGCAUGCAGGCGGUCCAACCCCAGCAAAUGUACCUGCCGACCCAGUUCUCUGAUGGUUGGCAAUACGGCCCGGCCUCAGCAGGUCCAUCCGGACUCGCCGCGCUGCCGUCCUACAACAAUGGCUCGUACAACCCUUUCGCGAGCCUCGAAUAUGCACCUGUGGCUACCAACGGCGGCAAUGAACAGGGCAUGCAGCUGAACCAAAUUGAGGUCGUGGAAUCCGCAGCUAACCCGACAAACCCUAGGACAUCCUCGUCUUCUUCAAGCAAGAGCAUUGAGCUCUCGGCUGUCCUUCAGAGGAGCGAAUACCAAGCCGAGAAGCCCAAGCUCGACCCGAAGCAUCCCUGGGUCAGGAUCAACCGUUCUACCCAAGGCACAACCAAGCGCUGUGGCAAGAUCAACAAGUUCGACGCCUCUAAGCUGUACAAGGAACUCACCAACACCUUUGAGAAUUGGAAGAGCUCAGGCUACGAAUUCAGCUACAACGUUCACGGUGAGCUCUCUGACCCAGUCUAUGCCACGGCAGCAAUCAAGCAGUUCAUUUACGAGCACCCUGUGAGGGACGACGCCAAGCUCCGUCUUUGGAUUCAGAAGACUCCCGCCGACUCGGCGCGCCGCUACCCGACUCUUCUUAGCAGCAAGUGCCGUUUCCAUCAGUGCCCUGUCCACCAACACCUUGGUACGGGAACCCUGGUCGCGGGUCAUGUUCGCGUCGCCUUUGAUGAGAGGUCAUUCACUCACGGCGACAAGGCUGACCCUUUCUACAUGGCUGGCUUUGUUCAUCUGUAUUGCUUGGAGAAGUUCUUGGAUUUGCCAGAGAUCUGCACACUGCCACACAUCGAGGUUGCUGCGGACCUGCGCCAGCUGCAGAACGAGCCGAACCAGAAGUACGCUGCCUCGCUAACUGGAGGACCUGAUGGCGUCGUUGCGAAGCGCUUCAUUGACGCAUGCCUGAGGACGGCCGCUAAGAAGAUCCCGAUCAGGAAUUUCGAGAGAUACCCGCGUGCUGCCAAUGUUGCACCAAACGAUAAGAAGCAUGAGGAUAUGCUGAACUACCGCAUGAACCAGGUCAAGGAGGAGAACCGUAGCGCUGCUCAAAAGCGUGCGCUCGCUAGCCGCGGACUGAAGGACACCCACAUCAACGUUAACAUGGGUGACCUGGAGCGCUAUUGCGAGGCCCGGUUGAAGUCGCGCAAGCACAAGUACCCCGUCGACAAUGACGACGAGGAGACUGGGCCCGUUGGUAAGAAGCGCAAGGCUUCCGAGGCCGCGAUUGAGGACGAGAUCCCUGCUCCGGUUCGCAGCAAGAAGCGCAAGGCUCCCAAGCCCAAGCGCAAGUCUCGCGCCGCCAGGGCCUCUCCCAUUCACUCGGAGUCCCCCUUUGAUGGCGACAGCACCCCUUACCAGAGCUCGGAUGAUGAGUCGUCGCUGUUUGUCCCGAGAGUAGCUCCGCCCAGGCAGCUGAGGGACCUGUCACCGAGCUCGGCCGCAGGCAAGAAGCGCUCGCGUGAGGCGGAUACCGACGACGACUCGUCUUCCUUUGUCUCGACGCCACCCUCGCCCAAGAAGCGUAAGGUCAACACUCGUUCCGUCCGGUCCUUGUCUUCGUCACCCGUGUCCUCUCCCGUGUCCACGGUGUCCUCUUUGUCCUCGGAUACUUCUGUCCAAAGGUUGCGCCGCAGCCCCCGUCAUAUGAGUCCGACCGUGACCAGCAUCGAGCACGAUCCCGCCUCUAGGCAAGCGAGCCCGAAUGACAUCAAGCACGAAUCGGCAUCCGGUUCUGAUAACUCCUUGUUCGAUUCUGGAAGCGACACGGACAGCCGGGAUUCAAUGCUUGAGCCUUGAAGCAGUGAUGCAAUGACCGGGUUGGUUUCUAGACCGUUGUUGAUUUCUAGACCGUUGUUUAAGGCGCUUACAUGAGCGUUGCGAUGUAAGUCACAAAUUUCUUUGAUCUGCACAUCUUUCCUGUUUGAAUGUAUCUUUGUUAGUUGUUUUCUAGUUGUUUUCCUUAUGUUACGUAUUCAACAGCAUAGCGAUGCAUAGCGAUGGUGCCUUUUUAGUUUUCAUACAUACAUGUAUUUACCUUUGCACACACUUCCAUUCCACUCCUAACAAGCUUGCGUGAGACUUUACUACUAGAGAUUUUAUUAUUCAUAUCCCCACAGUAAGCGGCACUCCGUAGACGCGAACUUCUGCUAUAGUUAUUGAAGAUACUACAAUCAUGCCCACAUGUUCCUGUAAGUAAAUAAAAACGCUCUCUAC